AUGACUCUACCUACGAGUACUACUACGGGUCUGCCAGGGGUCAGAUUGAGUCUUGCUGAGUUCCGGAGAACUUUCAACGCACGAGCCGGCAAUUUUGGCCGGCACGAUCUAAGAGAAUAUCAGGACUUGGAUGGGAACAUUAGUGUUGGUAACUCAGAGAUUGGUGGAGUAUCCGUCGAUUGCCGAUUCAAUUUCGAGCGGACUCGCUGGGGCGUCAUCGAGGAUAAGUCUGGAGGGAUCUUCUAUAUGGACCUCACGAUUAACCAACCUCUGGAUUGGCGACUGAGGGAAGCUACCGUUUCUGUAAUCCUGGAAGACCUGAGAACGCCACAAACGAAAAGAGCAGACAAGAAGACCCAUCACGAUGUUUCAGUAGCGCUGGACACCGAAUAUUAUGGUCCCAAAUCCUUAGUCGGCCCGGAACUCAGCGUCGAGAAGACCAAAAGUUACAGCAUUGGUCCCCAGGUCGAAGCUGCAGGAUUCGGUGGGUCGUUGGGCGAGUUUGGAAGCAGUGUUACUUUACCUCGAACCUCGUGGUGGAACUUCCAUGGAACUCCUCAGACGGCCAGUAACUCGUCAAAGCGAUAUACUAUUCUCACUUGGGUCAUGUCUCAGAAUGCUCUCGCAUACAGUGCCGAGCAUCCGGCCAAAAUUGAGACAGCCUUCACGUUCUUCCACAAAUACAAACCAUUCUCCUUGCGAGUGGAAAUCAACGGGAAGCUGCGACACAUACACCACAAAUUCAAGGAUAAGUCCAUCGGACUUUUCUCUAAAGCAAAGAAAGAGAAGCCACUCAUACUCGUCUUCAGAUUUGAUCCUGGUGCUGCCUUCAAAGAACAGCUUCUCCACCAUGCGAAGCUGCUGGAGAGCGACAUGGCAAAGCUCGCAUGCCAAAGGAAGCAUGUCGAAGUCAGCCAACGUACCUCAACCGCGAGGUUGUCCAAUGAAGAGACUCCGCAAGAAGGCCAGUCGAUCCCAAUAACUCGGUCAACUAGUCCGGCCGGACCAGCUGUAAGCAACAAUAUCAAUAUCACGCUGCAAGCCGGUCAGGACGAGCUAAUUACUCAACUGUUACGCGUACAUACUGCAUUGUUGAACAACGAUAGCUUGAAGGUCUCUCCGGACGUCCCGCGAGAGCCCUUACGAAUCAAUAAUCAUUUGGAUGUACCUCCAUCUCUAGCGGUUGGGGACGUACCACGCGAAGAGAUAGUGGCAGAUUUGCAAAAGCUGCCUGCAUCAGCGCAGUGGUUGCUAGCUUUCUUAGUUCGUUUUUGGUCUGCGUGGUCUAUACUUGUUACGACUUCGCAAGAUAAGUCAGCUCCUUCUUGA